GUCAGCGCCAAGGCGACCAGAGUCGCUUAUCUUUUGUUUCAAGAUGGCGGCGACACGUCACAACGAACGCGACGGUUUAUCUGAUCUUAGAAGGGACAGGCAACGAAAGAGCGGCAAAAUGGCUCCUUCACCCAGCAAGAGGAAGGAACGCUCAGAAGACAGAGCAAAAGAUAGAGGCAAAGAGAAAGCUCCAGGGAAAGAAGGCACAGAUAAAGACCGCGGGCGUGAUAAAGCAAGGAAGAGGCGCAGCGCCUCUAGUGGCAGUAGCAGCAGUAGCCGUUCCCGCUCCAGUUCAUCCUCCAGCUCAUCAUCAGGUUCCAGUUCUGGAUCCAGCUCGGGUUCCAGUUCUUCAUCUGCUUCCAGCCGUUCAGGAAGUUCCAGUUCUUCUCGCAGCUCUAGUUCCAGCAGCUCCUCGGGUUCCCCAAGUCCUUCUCGGCGCCGCCAUGAUAACAGGAGGCGCUCCCGUUCAAAAUCCAAACAGCCAAAACGUGAUGAAAAAGAAAGAAAACGACGGAGCCCAAGUCCCAGACCCACAAAAGUUCACAUUGGGAGGCUGACAAGGAAUGUAACUAAGGACCAUAUUCUAGAGAUCUUCUCCACAUAUGGCAAGAUUAAGAUGAUAGAUAUGCCUGUUGAUCGCUACCACCCACACCUGUCCAAGGGCUAUGCCUAUGUUGAAUUUGAAGCUCCUGAAGAAGCAGAGAAAGCUUUAAAGCACAUGGAUGGAGGACAGAUUGAUGGUCAGGAGAUCACUGCUUCAGCUGUUUUGACACCGUGGCCUAUGCGGGCAAUGCCCAGAAGGUUCAGUCCUCCUCGGCGGAUGUUGCCACCUCCCCCGAUGUGGCGGCGAUCACCACCACGCAUGAGGAGAAGGUCACGUUCACCUCGGAGACGCUCCCCAGUAAGACGCCGUUCACGGUCACCCGCACGUCGCCGCCAUCGCAGUCGUUCCAGCUCCAACUCCUCGCGGUGAACAUGUCGUCCUCUCAUGCCCCUUCCCUCCCACACCCUCUGCAGUCUGACACCAUAAAUCUUUCUCAGCAAAGUUGGCUGGAGUAUCUUCUAUUUUUCAAGUUUCUUGAAACUGUUCCUUGUAUAGCAGCAUCCUGAAAUGAUAGGUCCAAAGUGAGAGGGUGGAGACAAUAUUGAAGUAGGCAUUGGCUGCCAAGGGACCUACAGAUGUUGGCCUCCACCCCCCAGAAUCCCACUCUCAGUGGCAUGCUAGCAGCUCUAAACAGGAUUGAAAUGCAUUAUCUCUGUAGCUCUCUAGUGUGGAACUGAAUCUGUGGCUGCUAGUCUCAAUGAAGGGUUUAUGGUAAAGGGGCUUAAUAGGAUAUGCAAGAAAUACUGUCUAGCCUCAUAGCCUUGCUUACCCUAUCUAGUGGACUGAUCAAUUCGCUGCGGCCCUGCUGAUUCCAAAAUUCAUCCUUAUAUUAUAAAUCACAAAUGAAUGAUUUACUUUCCUCUGCCUUUGGCUAAUGGCGCACAUUGGAGAGAAAAAAAGGAAAAAAAGUCCCUGUGAAAUGAGGGAUUGCGAAAUUGCACCUUCUCACUGUUUAAUGCACAGCUAUCAAGGUCUCAUGUUGCAUAAUACUAAAACGUAACUUUUAUUCCAUGUAAAUAUCAUUAAAGUCCGUAACCGUGUAUAUACAUUUUAGUACAUUUUUAGCAGCUCCAAACUCUCAAGCUGACCCCAGUGUGCUUAUUAUCUACCCCCUUCCCGUCUCCUGCUGCGAAUGCAGCAUUAUUGCUCUCCUUCUAGCGUUAUGUUGGAGUUCAUGGUUAAUGGUGGUCACAAUUUAACAUUAAAUGUCAAAAAAUAUCUCUAAAUUUGGGGCACAGUUUAAGGACAUAAGGAGAGUGAGUUCAACAUUGGAGAUGCUGAGAUUCUGACUUCUCUAUAUACCCUGGGUUACAUUCAUUUUUACUGGCUUUAAUGAUCUCACAUGGAAUAAAGUUAAGUUUUAGUAUUACUGUAUAUGAAACCUCAAUGAUUGUGCAUUAAACAAUCCCUCUUAAGGAGUUCUCCUUGUUUUCUCCAUUUUUACAUUUUGGGAUAUUUAUGUGCACCACAAAUUACUAUGGGGGUUAUGUAAUAGAAGGCACUAAGUGUACCCAGGUACAGUAACUUAUAAGCAAGCAUCAUUAUUGGUUGCUAUGGGUUACCGCUACUGGGCAAACUUAGUGCCUUUUUUCACAUGUGGGAUUAUGUAUUUUCUCUGGGCUGUGGUGCAGAGCCACACAUCAACGUGGGGUUGCUUAGCUGGCUGCAUUUGGGGUUUUUUUUUUUUUUUUUUUUGCUCCUUAAAGGGCACCAAUCAUGGCCCCAGUUGCUGCCUGAUGCAGUUCCAUGGGAGUUGCCCACAACUAUGUUUUCACAAGAUUUCCAUAAGCAGCGAUUGGAUGGCAGGAGGGUGACGAGAAAAGAUUUAACCAUUUUUAAAAAGGGAUGUGAAAGCGCCCCAAUGUUGCUCCACGUGCAGCUGGUUUUUAUUUAAAAAAAAAAAAAAAAAAUCCUGAAAGAUACUGUUUAGUUUUUAAGAAGCAACUGUGUUUUCUUUAAGUGACUCCCAAACCCCCCUGUGUAGGUUCUGUAGGCUCACAAAGCAACAUGGGUUGGCUGGGUCUGACCUACAAACCUUGGCAACUGGGAGUUAACAGUGAAUACACCUCUCUGGGCAGGGCCAGGACAGCCGCCUCCUUACAGCUGCUGGGGAACACCGCUCACUUCUGAGCUGAGAGUUGUAGUUUUGCAGCUGUGGGAGCUUCCUGCCUGUCGCUGUGGAGUUCAGUGCUCCAUAAAUAUUAUAAAUGGGGAUGGGAAAUAUAACCUGUACAGUUGAUAUUCUACUGUGUUUUGUUUUUUUGAAGUUUGUUUUAUAAUAUCUGUUCCAUGUCUGUAGAAUAAAAUACGGAAUAAAUGGAAAGAAUUUUUUUU